UUGGGGACUACCUUUAUUGUUUGCCUAUAUAAAAACACUCAAUGAAUUUCAUUGAAAUCAGUUUCUUUUAGAAUUUUGUAAGACAAAGUAGUCUAACUAAACUAACAUUAAACAUGGACGCACACAAUAUUGUUCCCGAUGUCAUUGACGCUGCUUCUGUUCCAAAGCAAAUAGCUAAAGUAACUUUCCCUUCUGGAGCAGUAGUUGAAACUGGCAAGGAAUUAACACCAACUCAAGCCAAGGAUAUUCCAAAUGUCACAUGGGAAGCCGAUCCUAACGGUGUUUACGCUCUUAUUAUGGUCGAUCCAGAUUUUCCAUCACCAGCUGAUCCAAAAUUGAGGGAACUCCUUCUUUGGGCGGUUAUCAAUAUUCCUGGAAAUGAUUUGUCUAAGGGACAAACUCUUGCUGAAUAUGUUGGUGUUGGACCAAUGAAAGACACUGGUCUCCACAGAUAUAUCAUUUGGGUAUUCAAGAUGAAAGCUCAUUGGCCAACUGAUAGAUUCAUUUCUAAAACAACUCGUGAAGGAAGACCCAAUACCAAGACCAGGGACUACAUUGAAAAAUUCCAUAUGGGAAAUCCAAUUGCUGGAAACUAUUUCACAGCUCAAUAUGAUGCUCAUGUUGAUGUUAUUCUUGCUGGAAUUAGUGGAGGACAAAAGUAAAUAAUUUAUAAUAAAUAAA